AUGGAAGGCGAGCUACCACCAAAGGAAGAACUGCACCAGCGUGCCGUAGAAGGCCCGCCGAUCACGCAGGCGGAGGCGUCGCAGAUCGCGGCCGCCGAAACGGACAUCACCGGCUUCGGGCCAAUUAAGGGCGGACCGGCGUCCGUGGCCCAGAGCGAACACGACAGACAACAGAACUUCUUCGCCAAGGCGGGCGACAUCGCCCGCAAGCCCACAGACCAGAUAACGAAGGAGGAUGCGGCGCAAGUCCAGAAAGCAGAGGCCCGUGCCCUCAGAGAACCCCCCGGAAAAGGCUCAACGGCUGCUAAUGUGCAAUCAAUUGCUGAUCUGAAUGAGAACGCGAAGCGGGUUUGA